AUGGACGAUCAAGUUUGUCCACGUUGUAAAACCACAAAAUACCGCAAUCCGUCGCUCAAGCUGAUGGUAAACGUUUGUGGCCACACGCUAUGUGAAAGCUGCGUCGAGUUACUGUUCCUGAAAGGAUCCGGUUCCUGUCCCGAGUGUGGAGUGGCACUGCGGAGAAGCAAUUUCCGGGUGCAACUAUUCGAAGAUUCUAACGUCGAUAAGGAGGUGCAGAUUCGCAAGCGCAUUCUGAAGGACUUCAACAAAAAAGAAGACGAUUUCGCAUCGCUCGACGAGUACAACGACUAUCUAGAGGUGAUCGAAGAGAUAGUGUUUAAUCUGUGCAACAACAUCGACAUCAUCAACACGAACAAGCGGAUCGAACAGUUUAAGCGCGACAAUCGCGACGUAAUUCUGAAAAACAAAACCAAACUAAGCAAGGAUGAGCUCGAGCUGGAGCAAAUCGUCGAGUUCGAGAAGGAGCAGUUCGAGCAGCGGCGAAAAGAGCUAGCGAUGAUCGAGUCGGAAAAUCGGAAGCUGAAAACAAAAAACAAGGAAGAGCUGAUCGAUUCGCUGAUGGCCAGCUACGAGGAUGCUAGCGCAAUUGUGGAUAAAUUUUCGCAAAAAGCUGAGCAAACGCAGAUUCAGCUAUCAAAGUCGAUGGCGCCACCGCCGGCACCGAAGCAGACACACUUCUCCUCGGGUAUCGCGACCGGCUUUCAAGGACAGCACGGGUUUCUGCCGGUCCCGAAACCGGACGAGGGACCACUGUACGUGUACGAGGGCCAAGAGUUUUCUACUGAUGGUCCUGCACCGCCUAGCCUCGCGGAAGUGAUCAACAGUGGAUAUAUUAGGCAUAUAAGAGCUGAAACUGUGGCAGAGAAAACGGGUGGAUUCCAAACAAACGUGUCAUGCCUCCGAGCCAUACAGGAAGCGUUGGCUGGCUUGUAUCAUGGUUAA